GGAGAGUGUUUGCCGCGGAGGGGUGGCGGCGAGGAGGGGAGGAACAGCAGUUGGUAUCGCCAGCGAGAUCCCUUCGCGCGCGCCGCAACAACACAAUAGGCCGGCGCGCGAGGCAGCUGUUGGUUUGCGGGCGCGUGCUCUCGUCAGGGGUGGGGGGAGAAGGGAGACUGCAUCGCGAGUAACGGUUUCCCGGAGCCCGGACGAGGCAUGCCCGCGGCGGGCCGCAGGUGACUCGCGCGAUGCACGACGCGGCCGUGAACACGUCCUACCUGGAGGGCGUGGACGCGAUCGGCGACUGGGGCCGGCGCUACUUCUUCACCUUCUACAGCGAGUUCGGCGCGCGCGACGGCGCGGCGGCGGCCGAGGCGGCGGUGCUGGCGUGCGUGCUGGCGGCGUCGGCGGCGGCGAACCUGGCCAUCGGCGCGGCGGUGCUGCGCCACCGCGAGCUGCGCACCGUCACCAACUGCUUCCUGCUGAACCUGGUGGCCGCCGACCUGGUGUUCGCACUCGGCAUCCCGGCCGUCGCCGUGACGCGCGUCACGCAGCAGUGGGUGCUGGGCGACGUGGUCUGCCGCCUGCUGCCCUACUCGCAGUUCGUGUGCGGCUUCGUGCUGCUGUGGACGCUGACGCUGAUCAGCGCCGACCGCCACCGCUGCAUCGUGGUGCCGCCGUACCGCUCGGGGCUGACGCCGCGCCGCGCCGCCGCCCUCACCGCCGCCACCUGGCUGCUGGGGGCGCUGCUCUUCCUGCCCGUCGCCUUCUGGUUCCGCGAACAGCGCUGCGACGGCGGCCGGCGCGUCUGCACGCUCGUGUUCCCGCGCUCCGACCGCGUCAACGUGUCGCUGUGCUUCACCCUGCCCACCACGCUGCUGGCCUGCCUGCUGCCCAUGGCGCUGCUCGUCUUCCACUACCAGCGCAUCUUCAGGAAGCUGCUGGACGCGCGCGGGCGCUGGGCCGUGCCGUGCGUCGUGGUGACCGACAGCGGCGGCGACAAGCCCCCCAGGAGGGACAGCGAGCUGAGCUACGUGGGCAGCCUGGUGCUGCCGUGGGCGCGCAAGCCGUCCCAGCAGCAGUGCUUCCGCAGCGGCUCGCUGUCGCAGCACGAGGAGCUGCGCCUCAGCAAGCACCUGAGGGUGGUGCGCGUGCUGCUGCUGAACGUGCUGGUGGUGCUGCUCAUGUGGCUGCCCAUCACCGUCGUCAUGUUCCUCAUCUACGUGGACGGCCGCCGCCCCAACGAGGACACCGCCUUCUUCCUCAACUCGUGCCACUUCCUGUGGUCGCUCGUCGUCGCGCUGCUCAACACGGUCGUCAACCCGCUGCUGUACGGCGUGCUGUCGGAGAACUUCCGCGCCUGCUUCGCGCGCUGGUGGCGCUGCGGCGGCGGCGGCGGCGGGGGCGGCAACCCGCGUGGCCUGGCGCCCGCCGCCAACAGGAGCUGCGCCGGCACCAGGACGCCGAGCAGCGGCCGCGGCAGCGUGGCGGGGCUGCCGCCCCCGCGGACGCCGCGCAAGAAGAACAGCACGUGCAGCGUGGCGUCCAUCCUCGAGGCGCCUGCGCAGUACGCCUUCUGACGCGCCGCUUCACUAGUUUCCACCAACAAACAUUCACCAUUCUUAGAAAUAGUCGCACAACUCAAGACGCCAUUCAUUAAAAACUUGUUUGAAUGCCAAAUGGCGACAGACUAUUUCUCUUAAGAGAUUCGUUGCCUUGCACGAAGAGGCGAUCACCGUAAAAAUACUUCGAACUAAUGUCCACCUUAACACCUGAGGAUCACGAUCAAUAAAUUACUCUGGUUAGGCAGUCGUAUAGGUGUAAUCACUAUAUAUAUAAUAUAUAUAUAUAUAUAUAUAUUGCUUUUUACGUUUUGCUAAGAAAAUUGAAUUGUAAAAUGUUUAAGCUGAUAACAAGUGGCGUAUUUUAUCUUGUGCCAUUUCAGAACGUGUAUUUUACUAAUGACUUUUUUUUUGUUUUUAAACGUGGUGAUUAGUUCAUGUAAUUACCAUUCAAGCCUAGCCAUAUCUACGUAAUAAAUGAAUUGCUUGCCGGUUAAGAUAGUAUUGCUUGUUUUCUUGAUAAAAACAAUAUGUUUUGUUCUCUAGAAAAUUAAAGUAGGUAACGGAAUUCGAAUAAAUAGCGUAAAUGUACGCUACACUUGUGCCAUGAUAACCAGGUAGAGGUGUGAUAAUGGAAUAUGCAUACCUAUUACAAAUCUGUUUAUUAUUUUUAUUAUUUAUUCACCUCUAUUCCUUUUUACGAUUUUACGAGGGAAUCAAUGAAAUCAAAGAGUUUUCAGCAUUAGCUACAAAUUAGUCAUGAACGCGCAUAAGCGUUAGGUAUUGAUGACUGUUAAGUCUAGUUUCGAACGUACCAGAUAUGUUUUUCUGAUUGAUAUCAACAUAUUCUUUCACUGAGUAACCAUUUCUGCCCUCCGUGAUUCGCCUUGACGAAGACAAUGGCAUGAACGGACGAAUGUUUCACCGCGUGUGUCAGCCAUCUUCACUCCACGUGUGUCAGCCAUCUUCACUCCUCGCUUGUGACAGUGAAGUGACUCGCGAACGUGCCGCAAGUAGGACACGCAGCGACCGGAACUGCUUACGCAAGCGCUAAAGGCCUUCUCGGAGUUCAAGGUUCAUAUGCAGAUCCAGCAAUUCCUUUGAGAACGGAUGGAAUACAUUUACAUGCUUGAAUUACGAAGCGAAACCCAGAUUAAAGCAUGACAUCGGUUGUAAGUGUGGUCAUGUUACACAUUCCAAAUAAUGUUUUUAGUUUAGUAAAAUAUAUUCUUACUAAAGAUAAUUUUAAGACAAAAUAGUUAUUGGAGAUUUUUAAUAUAUUUAACAAGUCAUAGUGCAGAAGAUUAUUACAGAGUUUCUGUACACCAGUUAGAAUGUUUUAAGAAUCUUCAAACAUGAAUUUCCAUGUGUAUUUAAAUGCCGCAAACACAAAACAAACGUUUUUUGUAUGCGUAAAUUUUUUAUUAAAGGUUUUUCUAAUUAAAACUUCUCAGAAAUAUAAUUUUAGAGGAAACUCGUUCAAACGCGUUUCUUUCAUCUGUACCUUUAUAUUUUACCCUAACAGCGGACAGUUUAUUUAAAAAAAUCAUAUAGACACAUAUUUUCACGAUUUUAUUGAACAACAAGUACAAAUUACAAGAAUAUUCAUAAUUGAAGUGCGCAAGGUAUAUUUAACUAAAUGCUACUAUAUAAAGGUGUUGAAAAUUAAUGAUCAAGUUUAUCUUUGAAAUAGGGAAUAGUUGUACCUAAACUUGUUUUUUUUCCCCCACUGAUACGAUCUUAGGAGUAGUUAAUUACAUUUUGGUUUUAAUUUAGAAACACUGUUACCAAAUAAAUUAUAUUUAACUCUAUAUGUAAUCAAGUAUAAAUGACAUAAUGUUUACCACAAAUGACCUCAAAUUUUAUUAUGUCUACAAUGAUCUCAUUUAAUUUAUCGUUGACUGUGCAACAAAACAGCUGUAUUGUGAUGAAAUAAAACAAUGUAGCAUAA